UUCUAGUGAAGUGGACGCGAAGAAAAGAAGCUCCCCCCCACUUCCAUGAUAUAUUAUAUCUGUCACCCUUCUUCCUCGGCCAAAUCAGCGUUUCCCACACACAUCAACUCUCUCUCUCUCUCUCUCUCUCUCUCUCUCACACACACACACAAAUCGAAACAAAAAGAACAUCAUUGUUUCUGUCUUUCGUUCAACAUCAAUUCUACGCCGCCUCUGUUCUCUGUCUCUCUCGGUGAAUGAAAAUGGAUAAGGAAGACAGAGUUGUGGUUCUCAAAAGGGUGGAGAUAGACACAAGGGCGCCCUUCAGGUCCGUCAAAGAGGCCGUGACAUUGUUUGGCGAGAAAGUUCUAGCUGGGGAGCUCUAUGCCAGCAAACUCAAAGAGAUGCACAGUGGAGGUAGCGAAAUUAAUGGGCAUGGCCCUUCGAGGCUUGGAAAUGUUGCAAUAUCUGAACUAGAGGAGACAAGACAAAGCCUCCAAAAAGCAAAAGAAGAAAGCAUGAUUAUGGCAAAUUGCCUCUCUUCUAUGAAGGAAGAGCUUGAACGCACAAAGCAUGAGCUCCAACAACUGAAGGAACGUGAAUCCGAAAAACUGAUGGAAACAAAGUUUGUAGACGUCAAGUUUGUUGAGGACUCGACGAGAUUUGAGGUCAAAAAACAAAACUCAGAAGACGAAGAUCAAGAGGAAGGAAUAAUGGAGUUUCAAAAGAAAAGAUAUGUGACUUUUGCAAAUCCUCCCUCGUUAGAACAAGUUUUAAUCCCACAAGGCGUAGAAAAACUUGAGAGACACCCUUCUAUGAAAAAGAAGAAAAAGCCAUUGAUGCCUCUACUGGGAGGGAUUUUUUCCAAGAAAAAAGGCAGCUCAUGAGGAGGCGCAUUGUCUCGAGUUCCUUAGGUUCAUUUCAAAACGUUCAACAUAUAGUUUUUUGUGUUCCAACAAGAAUAAUAAUAAUAAUAAUAAUAAUAAUAAGUGCUCUUUUUUUUUUGGUCGAGUUUUAUUUCAAUUUCUUCCUGCAAUUCCAGCCAUGCAGUACUGAUCAAGUUGGUCUGGAAUGAAAGGAAGUUGUAAGUGGAGUAUGAAUGGUAGAUGUUCAAUAAAAGAGUUAUAUAUAAUGCAAUAAAAUACUGUCGGACGUUCAAACCAAUACUUUCUUCUUGGAGCUAUUCCUUUAA